CAAAUAUCUGCAUUUAUCUACUCAGAAUGUCAUCAUAAAUUAAUGAUAAACUAUGUAAUGAACUUAUGGCAGACAAGCACCUAUCUCUCCACAUAGAAAACAAGUAUAAAAAAGAACAACAAUAAACUAACAGCGAACGUUCAGCGAUAACGAAACCAAUCCCUCUCAGUGUGGGCGGAAAAGCAACAAAAAGAGUCACUAAACGGGGGUGGUAAUAAUCAUUUUUAUCCUAGAUUUUAAUAGACACUGAUUCCGAUAAUCACCAAACAAAUAAUUAACUAGAAAAAACAAGAAAAAAGUUAACAGACAGCAAAAGCCAAGUGCUUGCCGAGAACACUUGUACUAGUGCAAAGUGCACGUGCACGGCACGUGGCCCACAAAAAACGACACGAAGCAGUGUACUUCGUCUUGUGACGAAAGCCACAAGUCAACUAUUAAAAACAGUGGCAACGCGUGCGCACACUUAGGAAAUUGUAGAAAUCAGAGCUCAAACAAAUAUGCGCAAACUAUUAAAUGCCAAUUAUUGAAGUAAAUAAAAGUGUUUACAAUCAAUUAGACGAGCCAACAAGUGCAGCGGCGAGUCAUAAUAGCAACAACAAUUCAAAUAACAGAAAUACACAACGCAUCAUCACACCUUUGAAUAACAUAACCGGUAAAAUGUUUUCACUCGAUAAUUUCGAUUUGGAAGCGACAAUGGCGCGACACUUUUUCGAAGGUUCACAAGCGACGAAUGGCUCCAGUUCAAGUUCGGAAUUCUUCUUCGGUGACGAUGAUAACAGUUCGGAGAGCGAUGAAGAUGAUGCUUAUAGCAGUGGAUUCAAUAGUGAUCAGGAGAACAAUGAGAAGAGUCGCCUACACAAACCGCGCCGCUUAAAAUGUGCCUCCCAAAUGGCUCAACAGCGUCAGGCGGCCAAUUUGCGUGAACGCCGUCGCAUGCAGAGCAUCAAUGAGGCUUUUGAGGGUUUACGUUCACACAUUCCAACGUUGCCAUAUGAGAAGCGUUUGAGUAAAGUGGAUACACUAAAGUUGGCCAUAAGCUAUAUAACCUUCCUGAGUGAGAUGGUGAAGAAGGAUAAAAAUGGCAAUGAACCGGGCUUGAGUUUGCAGCGAAAUUAUCAAAAGGAGCCACCAAAGAAGAUAAUUCUCAAGGAUAGAAGUGGCGGUAUUUCUCACUCACUCUCCUGGUAUCGCAAAGGUGAUCGCUAUCCGGGCAGUAAACUCUAUGCGCGCACUUGGACACCGGAAGAUCCGCGUGCAGCCACACAUAAUCAUCACCACCACAAUCACAAUGGUGUACACCAAUCACUGGGACAAAUGCCUCUGCAACAACAACAACAGCAACAGCAACAAAACAUAACUACAAGUCAACAGUUCCACAAUCACAAUCAGAAUAGCAAUCAAAGUGAUGAAUCGACCAGUGGUUACAGUAACUUGGGAGAAGGAAGCAGCACUGGCGGCGGCAGCAACACAGCGGAGGGAUAUUGUAAUGGGGCAGUUGGUGGUGGUAGAGCGUCCUCGACAGGCAGUGCCAAUGGCAGUGGCGUGCAUCAGAAUGGCAUCUAAAGGAAAGAGAAGAGACAAUUUGAGGAGUGCAAUUAUGAAAAGUAAAAAUCCAUUGAUUUUGAAGGAAUGAAAAGUUGAGAGAAACUGAAAACGAUGCUAGUCAAAAGUGUGGUAAUAGCACAUAUGUAUGUGUGUAUUUUUGCACUAAUAUAUUGCUAUACAAUUUACUAAAAAUUCUUCUUCAACGACAAAGCACCAAGUAAAAACUAUGGACUUCGAAUAAAAACUUUACAAGUCGUAAUCCUAAGCUAAAACAUAUUUAUUAAAGAAAAAAUCUUCUGUGGUAUAUUAAAUUUAAGUAAUUAUUUAUUUAAAUAGUAUUAAGUCUAAACUUGAACUUGUCUCUCUAAACACAUUCACAUUUUAAGUAAGAGGAAUGCCAUCGUUCA